AUGUCGUCGAUGGAAAGUGCAGAAAAUGCGAUCCGGGACUUGGGAUUCUACCACGAGGAGGACGCAACUGUCGGAGCGAAAAUCUCCACCAUGCUCCAGCAACGCCUGAACCCUCUGUCAAAGGAAGGCCUGGAGUUCUAUGAGGCCAACGUCUUGAAUGACAGCCGCAUACGACCCAUCCUCGACUCGUUCUUUCUACCUUCGUUCUACGUCAUGGCACGCUAUGCCAACUUCUCAAACGAUGCCGGCCAUAGAUUUCUAUACUUGCGGGGUGCCUCCAACGGCCUCUUCGAAGUCCCUUUUGCCGCGCUGGAAAGGGCAGGCUGCGGCGAGGGCACACCAAUUAACUUUGACCAAGGUGGAAUAACUAUACAAGACGCCUCAAUUGCGUUUGAAAUCGUUGAAGGUGCGUUCAACGCUACGAUCUUUGCGACAGAAGACUUAGCUUCAAAGUGGCCCCAAAUGGUCCUCCCGGAUACGCCCGACGUUAGGAAAAAGGUGGAUGAGAUUAUGGGAGCGGAGCUGGGGCUGCAUGCUCGAUUUGAGACAAAGCAAGCUCCAACUGGUUGA